AUGUGCGAAAUGUUUUGCGGUAAAGUCGACGCGAAGUUGAAGUUGCAGCAGUUGGCAGUAAAGUGCAAGGAAAGGUGUCUGGAUCCGAAAGCAUUCAGUUGUGUACAGAAAGUUUUGUGUGAAAAUGAAUGUGAAAAUGCGAGUAAACGAUGGAAAUUCUUAAAUUUUUGUUUGAUUUUUAUUCUCACGGCUUAUGGAUACAAUUAUUUCUGUAAGGAAAUGUCUUCAAAGCGCUGUCUACUGGAGUUGCCAAGAGCACUUCGUUAUGCUUUUCGACCUUCUGAAGACUGCAGUUUUUGUGAUAAAAUAGAACAUGCGAUACGUUUACGUGGCAUAACAAGUGAGGAAUUCGCAUCGAGAUAUGCCUAUGGAGGAGGGCCAGUCAUAGUGGAGGAUGCCACAAAAAAUUGGACAGCACCAACUAAAUUCAAUUACUGGUACUUCCGUGACGUUUAUUUCAAUGCAAAACACAAAAAAAAAAUACUCGAUUGCCAGUUUCUACCCUACCAGACAGGCUUUAAGAAUCUUUACAAAGCCUUGGAUAUGCCUAAAGAGCGCGUGGAGUUACAGACAGGCUAUCAGCCGUGGUAUUUUGGCUGGAGUAAUUGUAAUCCUGAGACAGCUGAAGAAUUUCGUAAGCAUUAYGGGCGUCCCUACUUUCUUCCACCCACAUCCGAAAACAACGCGGUAGAUUGGUUCUUCAUCGGCACAGCUGGACUGGGUGCACACAUGCAUAUAGACAAUGUACGUCUACCAUCGUGGCAAGCACAGCUGUCGGGGAGUAAACGGUGGCUACUCGCACCACCACCGGAAUGCUACUUCAAAUGUAAACGCUUCGACACCAUCGUUCGAAAGGGGGACAUAAUUGUUUUAGAUACCAAUCAGUGGUACCACCAGACGUUCGUGCAACCGGGGGAAAUCAGUCUUACCAUUGGAGCUGAGUAUGACUAA